UUCUAGCUCAAGAGCAUGGAACUUAGUACAGAGCAGAAAGCAAGCAGAGAGGAGCAAGAAUGCCAAAGAGGAGCAAGUGGUCGCUGGGGAGGGGAAGAGGUUAGGGCCUUGCUCGUGGUGUGGAGGGAGAGGGAAGCCUGGGACGAGAAUGAGACCAAGGCCAAGUAUGAGGCCAUCUCGAGCCGACUAAGCGAGUUGGGCGUGCACAGGGACUGGCUGAGCUGCCAGGCACAAAGCAGAGCCAUGGCACUACCCGACUGGAGACCUCCAGCCAUCCGGACAGCGAUGGAUAGCACCACGGUAACCCAAAGGUCUUACGAGAUGGAUGAAGAACAGACCAGUCCUUCCAACAGAAGACAGGUCAACGCUUCUCUGAGCAACUUUCAGGAGGGGAGUGGAGAUCAGCAUUUUGUUCCUCUCUCAGGUAUGGAGGGAGGGAGACACUGGUCUGAUAAAGAGAUUCGGGCUCUCCUCAACAUCUGGGCUGACCGCGAAAUGCAGGUGCGGCUGCAGAGCACCCACAGAAACAAGGCGAUCUUCCAGGAGAUGGCCCGCCGUCUGGAGCUCCAGCAUGGAGUAGUGCGAGACUGGAGACAGUGUCGCACCAAGUACAAGAACCUCAAAUAUGACUACAAAGUCAGCAAGAGCCAAGGUCGACCUAUGCGUUUCUUUGCAGAGGUGGAUGCAAUCCUGCAGGGUAAGGACAUUGAGGAUUUCCUAGAUGAGGAGGAGGAUUCUCCCAGGAAAGGAACAGAAGGAGACCAGACAGCUGCAAGAAGAGAACCAGGAGAAGCUCACUACAUUAAGAUUGAUGAUGAUGAGAGUCUGGCAGAUAUGCAAACAAUAAUAAAUACCGGUUCUCAUCACCUCAUCACGAAAGAUACAGGUUCAAGCAUAUCACCAGGGGCUAGAAGGCCAUCAGACGAGGAGAAUGUGAUCACGGUCCAUGACUCAGGCCGAAAUUGGUCUGAGGAGGAAGUGGCAGCGCUGCUCAAUAUCUGGUCUGAGGAAGGAAUCCAACAGCAGCUGCAAGGCUCGACCCGAAACAAGGAUGUGUUUGUGCAAAUAUCACGCCGGCUCCUUCAGCAGGGGGUGGAGAGGGACUGGAAACAGUGUCGUACCAAAUACAAGAACCUGAAAUAUCUGUACCGAUCCUUGCAGAGGGGCAAGGCUGAUAUUGGAGACACUCGGCGCAUCAUGAAGUUCUACGAACAGCUAGACAGCAUUCUGUCCCAGCCAGUCAGAGGCUUAUACAGAAACUCUGGGAUGUUCAGUCCUCCCACAUUAGAGGAGCACUCCAUCUGUGAAAUGCCUACACAUGAGGAUAGUGACAUCAUUGCUGUCGGAUAUGAUCAGCAGACCAUGGACGAUGCCAUUUUAAGAAGAUCUCCAGGCAUCGCCACAAGAGCUUUCCAAAAUGAGGCUAGAACAGAUGCCAUUCUGAGGCCAGAGGAACUCACUGGGGUGGAAUAUGAAACAGAGGAUCAGUUAAAUGGCAUGCUGGUGAGGUCAAAAGAUGGCGUUCAGACAAGAUAUGAGGAACGGCCUUUGUCCAGCCAUUCUGUCACAGCAAGUACAUAUGGAGCAGGCCAGGAGUAUAAAGUAAACACAGGUGACACAGAGACAGUCACAGAGAGAGAGCCUGCCGGGUUGAGAAGAGGAAAAAAGCGGAAGGCCACAGAUGAAGAUUACAGUGUUUUCAGCAAAAGGUUUCAGGAGUGCGUUGAUGACGGAGACAGCAGCACAGACUGGUCUGAGCACGUUGACUAUCAGUGCAAAGAGGAGCAGGAUCAAUACAUUCCGAUUAUGGAGAUCAGCUCUGUGCGCUCCAUGGCCGACACUAACGAUAACCUGGUGAGUCGUGAAAGUGCCCUUUCAAACACACACCCUGACUUUUUGAAAAGCUGCGUCAAGAAAUGCAAAUUCACCUUUCCCUCUAGACUGCUGGGUUGGCCACUCGCCCGCGGCAACACAGCCGAAAACCCCACAUUCCUCUCCAAUACCGGAUUCUUCAAACUCCAUGACCAGCACUACUCCAAACUCCCCUCACAAUCUACAAAAAACUACAAAACUUCACUCCCCACGCUGCCCGAUAAUCUCCCAGUCCGACCACGUGCUGCCUCCUGCAGCCGCUUAUGCCGGAAGGUACCAACUACAGAAAUGGGGGGGGGUUCAAAUCGGCUAGAAAAGUCACUUCUGAGCGCUAAAAGCCAAACAACACUUCUCCACAGAGCACCGCGCGAGACUUUUCCACGUGGUGAAGAUGGCGUCACUGCCUGUUUUUUUAUAAAGUGUCGUAACUCGGUUUUCCUCCUCGCGCUUUCCUCGCGUGCUGCUCCGUUCAGAGCGCGAGCUCACUGCCUGCAGGAACAAGCUCAGCUUCAGCUACUGCGUACAGUGGUGUCUGUGGUUGAUGAUAAUCUUCUGGUUUUUUUGCAGGACAACAGAUUUGGAACCGAAAUGGCGUCGACAGCAGAGCUGAAGCUCGGCAAAAAGCUCAGCGAGGGCAAGACCAAGCAGAUCUUUGAGCUGCCGGACAUGCCGGGCCAGGUUCUGGUCCAGUCCAAAGACCAGAUCACGGCGGGCAACGCAGUGAGAAAAGACCAGAUGGAGGGAAAGGCAGCGAUCUCCAACAAGACCACCAGCUGCGUCUUCAAGCUCCUGCAAGAAGCUGGAAUUAAGACUGCGUUUGUAAAGCAGCAUUCGGAGACGGCAUUCAUAGCCAGCCACUGUGAGAUGAUCCCCAUUGAGUGGGUGUGUAGACGCAUCGCCACAGGCUCCUUCCUUAAAAGGAAUCCAGGCGUCAAAGAAGGCUAUCGCUUCUCACCACUGAAGAUGGAGAUGUUUUUCAAGGAUGAUGCCAAUAACGACCCGCAGUGGUCUGAGGAGCAGCUGUUAGCAGCAGGCUUUGAGCUGGCAGGUGUGAAGAUUGGCCGCUGUGAGGUGGACAUUAUGAGUAAGAGCACAGUGGCCAUCUUUGAGGUCCUGGAGAAGGCCUGGGCCACGCAGAACUGCACUCUGGUGGAUAUGAAGAUCGAGUUUGGCGUGAAUGUGACCACCAAGGAAGUUGUGCUGGCUGAUGUGAUCGACAAUGACUCGUGGAGACUGUGGCCGGCUGGAGAUCGCAGCCAACAGAAAGACAAACAGGUAUAUCGUGACUUGAAAGAGGUCACACCUGAGGCCAUGCAGAUGGUCAAGAGGAACUUUGAAUGGGUGGCUGAAAGAGUACAGCUGCUCCUGGAGCCGCAGGUGAGUGGCAGAGUUGUUGUACUGAUGGGCUCUACAUCUGACAUGGCUCACUGUGAGAGGAUUCGUAAAGCUUGCGACUCGUACGGAAUCUCCUGCCAUCUCCGAGUCACCUCUGCGCAUAAAGGCCCUGACGAGACACUCCGCAUCAAAUCUGAAUAUGAGGGUGAUGGUGUUCCCACCAUUUUUGUAGCCGUUGCAGGAAGGAGUAACGGUUUGGGUCCAGUGAUGUCAGGAAAUACAGUUUACCCUGUCAUUAACUGUCCUCCUGUUACAUCUGAUUGGGGUGCUCAGGACAUCUGGUCAUCUUUACGCAUGCCCAGUGGUCUGGGCUGUUCUACGGUUCUGUCUCCAGACUCGGCUGCCCAGCAUGCCGCUCAGAUCCUGGGCCUGACCGAUCACCUGGUGUGGGCCAAACUGCGUGCCUCGAUGCUCAACACCUGGAUCUCUCUGAAGCAGGCUGACAAGAAGCUUCAGCAGUGCAACAUCUGAACACACAGCACUUCUGUUUACCCUGAGCCAUUCCACCCUUUUAACCAUUCCAUAACACACGACUACACAACUACAGCAUUCAGAUUAUUGAAGCUUAUGAUCUAGUGCUGAGUCUAAAUAAUCUUGUUUGUAGAUGAAAUAGAUUUACAGAAAACAUUUAUGUGGCCUAUUGCUUUACACAAAUAAAACAGAACUGUACAAGA